AGCUAGUUAGUGACAUGUCAGUGUCAGAGAUAAAAGUUGUGCUCGCCAUAUCAUAUAAAUAUCUUAUGAUUAAAUAAUAGUACUCCAGUAAAUUAAGGCAAGACUACAUAUUAAUUUAGUGAAAACAUUUGGAGUAGAUUAGUUCCUUCCUAGGAAACCGGUAGUAUUAAUUUUCUCGAAUCAGACAAAAGUUAGAUCAGACUCUUCUUCUUCCUUCUCGUCGUGCUCAUGCACUCAAAACUCACCAAAUGCUAAUUCUCUCCGAUCUGAAAAAAAGAAACUAAUCAAAAUUCACAAUAAUGAUCCAAGUGCUAUUCAGUGUAAUAUUCGCCGAAAUGGCGUUAAUCGUGCUAUUCAUAUUCAAGACACCAUUAAGAAAGCUUGUGAUAAUGAGCCUGGAUAGUGUUAAGAGAGGCCGUGGUCCAAUUGUCGUGAAAACUACCGGGGGCACCAUAUUUGUGGUAAUGUUGUCGACGUUAUACAGUAUGGUGUCCAUCCGUAAAAGGUGGAUCGAUGAAGAUGGGAAUGUUACACCUACUGAUCAGAUUCUUAUGUCUCAGCAUCUUCUGGAAGCUUCUCUCAUGGGUUUUUCCCUAUUCCUUGCUCUGAUGAUUGACAGACUGCACCAUUAUAUAAGAGAACUUCGUAUGAGGAGGAAAAGCAUGGAAGCAGUGAACAAGCAAAACAGAGGUUUUGAGGACGGGAAGAAUGGAUCUUCUGACGAGAUGAAGUCUUGGGAGGAAGAGGCAAGUGCAUUGCGUUUGAAAAUAAAGAAGCUAGAGGCUACUAUCGAGGAAAAAGCUAGAGAAGCAAGCGAUGCAGAAGCCAAUGUAGUUGCUCUUAAAAAGCAAUCAGAACAUUUUCGUCUUGAAAAUGAUGACUUACUUGAGGAUAACCAGAAUCUUCACGCUCAAUUGCAAUCACUGAACUCUGAUAGCAAAAAGGCUUCAUAAGGAAUCUCGGCACAUGUCAUCCUGCUACUCAUAAUUUGAAAGUUCUGUGAUGGUUUUCUUUUAAUAGCUUAGUGCCUUUCAUGCUCAAAAUAUCAUGUAGAAACUUCUAAGUUCCCGUAAUUUUUUGCGAUUUUUCAAGGGACAAGGCUCUAUUGAAGUGAUCGAACUUUAGCCUUACGAGCUGCAUUUCCAGAUGGGGUAUUUUCCUCAACUAGUUUACCAAGCCUCUGAAAGUAAUUCUUGUCUAUAAGCUGUUAUUGCCUAGUUCAUCUGUCAAGACGGCUUUCUACAAAAUUCAUUGUAGGUUUGAUUUUGGUAUCCUGGUUUUAAUGUUUUGAGCUGUAAUUAAUUUUUAAGGAAAAUUUGUGCAUUCAAGUAACAACCUCUUU